CGUUGCUAAACUGUGACGAAAACAUACAUGUUGAGUUGUUAAAGCCGUCGUUGGGCCAUUUCGUGCGAUUUUGUAUAAUUGCGUUACAACUACUCGUGCGUGUAUAAAUUUGCGGACAAUCGUACAAUUUCGCGCCUCGCGCGUUUAUUCGAGCGAGUUUUAUUUGUUAGACUGUGAGCCAGAUUUUGGCACAAUUUCACUGCAAAAAUGUUUGGGCAAACUGGAAAUACAUCUUUCAGUGGAUUUAGUACAACACAAAACAGUCCAUUUGGUCAGUCUGCUUUUGGUAAACCAAUUACUACGACAAGUUUUGGUAGUGGUGCAGCACCUGUUUUUGGUAGUACCAAUACUUCAUCACUCUUUAGUUCUAAGCCCACAGGUUCUACUACAGGUGGCUUGUUUGGCAAUACCACAACGCCACCGGCAUUUAGACAGCCAACUAACACACAACCAUCUUUUGGAGGCUUUGGAACAACGAAUACAAGUACUAAUCUUUUCGGUACUCAACAAAAUGCAGGCACAAAUCUUUUUGGCACAAGUACAGGAACUUCGGCCUUUGGUCAAACAAACAAACCUGGUAGUUUCAGCUUCGGUACAACGUCUGGAACUAAUUUAUUUGGGCAGCCACAACAGAAUACACCGCAAACUACUCCAUUUGGUCAAACUAACACUACUACAAAUACAAAUCUUUUUGGUACAACUGCAGGUUUUGGCAAUACUAAUACUACUACUGUACCAACUGGUACUGUAGUAAAAUUUACACCUGUCAUUACAACUGAUUCUAUGUCAAAGAACGGAAUAUCACACAGCAUUUCUGCGCGUCAUUGUUGCAUCGCAUCUAUGAAGGAAUAUGAAUCAAAAUCGUACGAAGAAUUACGUUUCGAAGAUUAUCAAGUAGGAAGAAAAGGUCCACAACAAACAGGACUUUUUGGAGCACCAGCACAAACAUCGCCGUUUGGCAAUACAACGGCUGGUACUAGUACAGGUGGAACAGGAUUUGGAUCAAUGAGUGGUGGUUUUGGCACUACCAGCCAAUCUGGAUCAACUGGAUUAUUUGGAAAACCUAUUACUAAUUUUGGAGCACCAGCGACUACAACAACCAAUAACUUUGCAUUCAAUUCUACACCUACUACAAACUUGUUUGGUACUAAUACACAAACAAAACCAUUUGGUACAGCUGCCCCGACGCCGCUUUUUGGUACCAGUAAUACAAAUACUGCUGGUACAGGUUUUGGUAGUAUUAAUACUGGUCAGACUACAGGUUUUGGAUCUACAUUUGGUUCCACACAACCUAACCAGAGCAUUGGAUUAUUCAACCAAAACAAGUCGGCUUUUAAUAUUCCAUCAACAUCGACUAGCACUGGCUUUACUAGUUUUGGACAACCAGCUACAAAUAACACUACUACUCCAUUAUUUGGUAACAAAACCAAUACGACUGGAUUCGGAACAACAUCUACAUUCGGUGCCACUGCGCCUUCCACAUUCGGAACUAAUACUGGCUUCAAUUCUGGUACCAACACUGGAUCCUCAUUAUUUAAUUCAUCGUUUAAACCGGCUGGACAAACAUCAGGAUUUUCUUUUGGAGCUACACCUGUAUCUUCAACUGGACUAGGCACAAAUACUGGUUUGAGUUUAAAUAGUGGUUCUUCGUUAUUUGGACAACAAAAACCAGGCAGUCUGUUUGGAAAUACUGGAACUAAUACGACGUUUAAUAAUCCUGGAACAUUUGGAUCUUCCACCUUUGGAACAGGCUCUAAUAUGAUGUCUGGAACAGGAAUGGGUUUACUUAAUGGAGGAAUGGUAUCUAAUCAAACCAAAACAAACGGUUUAGUACCAGUGCAUCAACAAAUCUUGGCUCUUGUUUCUGCACCAUUCGGCGAUUCACCAUUAUUAAAGAAUCUCUUACCAGCAUCUGGAAAGACCGAAGAACUUUUAAAACCUACAAAUCCAACAUCAAAAAUACUUAAUAGUCCACAUUAUAGAGUUACCACUAAUAACAAAUCUCCAAAAAUCAAGGCAAAAGUUGUCAAUUCUGUACAACUAUCUAAGAAAUCUUUGUUUGAUGGUCUUGAAGAGGAAGAUCCUGUGUUAACAGAAGCUUUCCAACCCCGGCCAAAUGCAAAACGUUUGGUAUUACGACCAAAAUCGACAACAAAUUCCUCGAUUCAGUCUCCUACAGAAAACGGAGAAUCUGUGGCAAAAAAUAAUUCUAAUAAUUCUAUAGAAGAUAGAGCGGAUACAUCAAAUAUAUCAGUACACAAUAGUAGUAUUGAAGUUAAUAAUAAAGAAAAUCACAGUCAAGAUAAUAAUCGAAUUGCAAACGAUCGACGAUCAUCAACAUCUUGGUUGAAGUCGACACUUCCGCGGAGAAAUAAAAUUCCAGAUGACGAAUUACUUGAGGGCCAGCGAUCGCCAUUUUCUGCACUAAAUGUACCCGAGGAAGUGAACAACACGGUGGCAGAAUUGAGACCACAAAAUAAUAUGUUAAAUACGAAUCAUUCCGAUAAUACGAUUAAUUCGAUCGAAGUACCAUUAAAUUCUUCUUUCGAUGAUAAAAGCUCUGGAAAUCUUUCCCUCCAAAAUACAGAUUUAAGUCAGGAAGCAAAUGAAAAUUCCUUGAUGUUGCAAUCAAGUUGGAGCUUAAAUAUGGCUAAAGUCACAUUACGACGAGCGGGUUAUUACACCAUUCCGCCACUCGAUAAAUUAGACGAUUUCCUUUGUGGCGAGACAUGUAUCGUGCCAAACUUUACCAUUGGCCGUGAAGGUUACGGCAAUGUCUAUUUUCCGGAUUCGUUCGAUGUGUACGGUUUGAAUCUUGAUGAAAUCGUUCAUUUCCGUCAUAAGGAGGUGAUCAUUUAUCCCGACGACGAGAAGAAGCCGCCAGUGGGCCAAGGUUUGAAUCGAAGGGCGCAAGUUACAUUGGACAAGGUGUGGCCGCACGACAAAUCGCUACACGAGCCGAUCACGGACCCGCAGCGCCUUGCCGCGAUGAACUACGAAGGCAAACUGCGCAGAGUAUCCGCGAAGCACGACACCCGUUUCCUCGAAUAUCGGCCGGAGACCGGCUCCUGGGUGUUCAAGGUCGAGCACUUCUCCAAGUACGGUCUCAGCGAUUCGGACGAGGACGAAUCCAGCCAAGUCCCGGCGGCCUCGGACGCGAAGAAGCUGAAGGGGUUUCCGGUUGCCCCGCAGAAAGGAAAGCUCGCCGAUCCAUCUGCCGCGAAUAAGGACGCGAUAAACGGGGGAAUUAACGGAGCGGUCGGUGGCGGAAAGCCGGAGGGCGCUAACAAACACGCGAACCUCGAGGAGAAUUUUUUCGAGGAAACCCCGAUUCCGUUCAUCCGCGAGCGCGCUUACGACAAGUGGGACAGGUUCGUUCGUCCAGUCAGGGAUCCGCCUGCGGACCGUUCCGUUUUCAUUUCCAGGGAUUACAAUUACGAGAAGCGCAUGACGGUCAGCCCGGUCGGCGAUAACGCUCGAAUAGCGGGUACGGACAGCCACAAGGUGCAGCUUAUGAAGGCGAGCUUCUUCGACGCGAACGAGGAUGACGACGAUAUGAUGAGCGAGGAGAUGAACCACGACAUAUUUCCCUCCGUGAAGAAGACCCUGACCCGUUACUUCCCGGACGUCGCGGAGCUGAAGAGCGACGAGAGCCUGCUGCGCUCGAGCGUCGUCGUGAACGAGAUCCCGUUCUCCACGAGCCAGGAGAGCCUGUUCUAUGCCCCGAGCAAUAAGCUGCAGCUGUCGACGCGGCUGAGCGCGCAGAGCAAGCAGUCCGUCGUCGAGAGGGCGCUUCCUCCGUCCACGGUUGCUCCGAUCACCAGCGUGUUGAAGUACCACUACGAGGUCGUGCCGCUGAAGGAGUCGAGGCUGAACAAGCUGCGCUUCCGCUGCAUCGCUGACGCCGGGAUACAAAUGGGCAGGAUGUUCCGGCCCAGCUGGGGAGCCGGUUUAACCCUGCUGUCCCUGAGCACGCAGGAGCAGGCGACCAAGGUGCAGCUGCAGGGCGCGUUCAGCCAGCUGAGUCACUACGUCUCCGGGCGUCUGGCGAACGACACUUCUUCCACGGCGAUCGUGCAGCGGUUGCAGCUCCUGGGCGGCGACGAGGACGACGCGAGGAUGUUUCGGGACAGCAUAGAGCGCCACCUGAGGAUCCAGUUAGACCACUGCGUGAUGGGUCAUGAAGGGGACUGUCCCGUCUUCCACGUCGCCACGGAGAACGCGAACAAGGCGCUGCAGCUGCACUGCACCUUGGCCCAGGAGCUCGCGGAGAAGGAGCAGCGACUGAACGAGAAUGUAAACGACGAGCAGCUGCGGGACCUCGGCGAACGCUCGUUCCGCCAGUACGCGAGCAUCGUGUGGACCCUGUGCGUUGCGCUCUGGGGAAAUUACGCGGAUCAGGAUGCUGGACAGGCUAACGAGGAACAUUGCAACGUGAUGCUGAGGAGGGAGGCGCUGAGCGAGUGGCUGAAGAGCGUGGUGCAGCAGACGGUGGAGCGGGAGAUCAGGAACGUGGACGGCCAGGUGAGGAACUCCCACGAGAGGGUGAUCCUGUCGUUGCUCUCGGCCUGCAAGCUCGAGGACGCCUGCCAGGAGGCGCGACAGGCCGGGGACCACUGUCUGGCGUUGCUGAUGGCGCAGCUGAGAGGCGGUUCCCCGGUCAAAGAGCUGAUCAAGCAGCAGCUCGCCCUGUGGCAGGAGAUCUACGCGGACGAGAAUCUGACGGUCGAGCGGCUCAAGCUGUUCAUGCUGAUCGCGGGCGAGCCGCUUAUCUCCAGCAAGCACGGCACCAUCAACGUGUGCGAGGAACUAGACUGGAAACGGGCCUUCGCCAUCCACCUCUGGUACCUGUCGGCGCCCACUUGCUCGAUCACGGACGCCCUGGACCUCUACCAGGCGUCGUUCGACGCGACCGACGACUCCCAGAGGUACGCGGCGACACCGGAACCCGAGUACAGGAAGAGCUACGAUUGCGACGCCGAAUUGAGCAACCGCAAGCAGUCCUACGACCUCUGCUUUCAUCUCUUGAAGUUGUACUGCACGGGGAAUCACAACCUGGGAGAGCUCUUGAAUCCGCUGUCCUAUACCGCGAAUCCUUUGGAUUACAGAAUGAGCUGGUUGAUACAACAGAUACUCAUAGCUCUGGGUUACACGCAUCUUUCCGAUCACGUUGCCGCGUUAACACAUGCAAAUUUUGCGACGCAAUUAGAGGCAUACGGACUCUGGCACUGGGCGAUCUUCGUAAUGUUGCAUCUAAGAGAUUCAUCUAGACGACAAAUCGCUGUACAGGAUCUGCUCUUGCGUCACAUAGAGAUAGACGAUUCUUCAGAAUAUAUGGAACGUGAACAAUUCCUGAAAGAAGAGCUCGGUAUAUCAUCAGUUUGGAUUAAUCAAGCUAAAGCCAUCAAGAGUAGUAUCAAUAAAAGAUUUGGUGAAGCAGCUUGGUACUACAUUCAAGCGGAACAAUGGACUCAAGCUCAUGAAAUUAUUAUAGAGCAUUUGGCAGCUGAUGCUAUAAUAAAUGAAAACUACGAAUAUUUGAAAUCAUUGUUAAUCACGCUAGUACCAGCCGAAUGUAGUGGUACAAUUAACAAAUGGGCACAUCAAGGACAGCUCCUGUGGGAAUAUAUGGAAAUAACUGCUGAAAUUCAAAAUCUGUUAAAAUCCACUCCAGAUUUUCAUGGAAUUACUUAUCAACUGGAAGCAUUAAAGCCACGUUUAAUGAACUUGUGUCAAAAGAUCGACCAGUUUCCAUGUCCAACUGCUAAACACAGAUUAUGUCAGGCUGAAAUUGCAAAAAGAACUCUUCAUUUGGCUAGAAAUCUGUUACUACUGCAGAAAAAUGAACAGAAAUCCGUCACAAAAUUGUUGGUUCGCCUACUAUCUCGGCUACCAUUACCGGAGGAUUAUGCGCAGCAAGAACUUCGACCCAUCGUUAAUAUGCGCGUAACAGAAGUGAUGUCGCAAUAAAUAACACACAUAAAUUAAUUUAUUGAUUAUUAAUAUAGUUGUAAAGCUUUUACGACUUUUUAACGCAAUAGAGAAGGUACUGACUUUUAUUUUUUUUCCCACAAUUAAGUUAUAAUUCCACAUAAACAAGUAAAAAGCUUUUUUUUUAAACUUCAAGCAAUACAGAUAUAUAAUACAUAUAUUUAGUAAACUGCGACAUGAUGAUGAGAUAAAUCACGCGAUUCAUCCAGUAGAUAAAAAGCUGAAAAUUUUAAACUUGGCAAAAUACAUUAACAUGUGAUAUCACAUUUAGAUCUUUUUUACAUUUUUAUUAAUUAAAAAUUCGUGCAUAAAAUUAUAUUAAGUAAUUUAAGAAGCGUAUGUGGCGAUAUAUAUAAUGCAAUUCAGUAUGUAUUCAAUAAUAGCGUGUAGUUCAGGAAAAAGGUGCACGAGAAAUAAUGAGAAAUAACUGUAUUCUUUAGAGAAACAUUUCAUACAUAUAUAUAUUUCUUUUUACAAUAUCUUAUUUGAGAAAGGAUGAAUCAUAUUGGAUAUCUUUUGAAAGAUUAUUCAAAAUAGAACUUUUCUGAAUGUAUUUUGUAUGUAUUACGACAUAUAUGUAUCAUAAUAAUAUAAUCAUUAUUUGCAUUAGUUUUUAUAUUAGUUAUUUGUUCAACAUGAUUAUAUUUUUGAGUAUUUGCGUUUCAUAUUAAUAAAAUUUAGAUAAAAUCACGUAUAAAUGUAAUUAAUAAGUAAAAGUAAUUAAUAAGUAUAAAUUGUUUUUCUUCACAUGUGCGACAAACUUGUACAUUAUGUUAAAGUUGAAGAUGUUCGAAGAGAUAUAUUUUGAUGCAUUCUUGAAUGUAUGCUAUACAAGUGUAAAAAGUUUUUCCAUUAUUGGCAGGUCAGAUACUUUUAUGAAAAGCAUCAAUUAUAUUAGCAAAAAAUGAAAUACAUAUAUAUGUAUAAAGAAUAUUUGUAUAAAUGAAACCAAGUUUUUUACUCUUUUCAAGAUUGAAAUAAACAUAGAAUAUCUGCACGUAUAUACAAUCUUACACACACACAUACACAUACUCACUGCUUUUACAUUAUAUAAGCGAGUGUGUAAGUGGAACACAUUUUGUAGACAGAAGUAUAAAUAAUCAAGAGCACAGUAUAAAAUUAUGAAUAAACAUACAAGUGUUACAAUUGAAA